AUGUAUACAAUUAAAAGAUGUAUAACCAAUAGACUUUUAAACAAUCAAAUUACUACUAGUAUUACGAGUAGUAGUAGAAGGAGUAUUACUUGUUUGAAUCUAUUGUCAAAUAGAUACCACUAUUCAUCAUCAUCAUCAACCACUACAACAACAAAAGAUGAUCCCGAUAUUAUAAGUAUAAAGAAGAAUGAUCAUCAUAUACAAACUAAUCCAAGAGGACAUUGGGUAGAUAAAUUAAAUCAAAAGGAAUAUUUAGACAAGAUGGGUAAAGAUAUGGGUUUCUUUGAUGAUGAGAAUAUACCUAUGGAUCAAUACUAUGAGAAAUGGUAUCAAGUUUCAAAGAUUGACUUUAUUGAACACAAGGGUAGAGGUCUGUUGUUACAUUAUAACGAUAGUGUACAUCAACUUGUUAAAGCUGUCUAUAGUGAAUAUAAAUGGUUACCUUGGAAGUUUAACAAUUCACCCAAGAACUUUUGGAGAGAUCAUCAAAAUCAAUUGGAUUAUCUCUUGUGGCUUGGUGAAAGGAUUGGUAUUACAAAUCCAAGAGAUUGGUAUAGAAUCACAAAGAAUGAUUUCAUAGAGAAUCAUGGAAAUAGUUUAUUAUUAUUAUAUGGUGGUAGUCCUGUAAGAGUCAUUAUGCAAGUUUUCAACAAAAAUAAUAAUGAAAAGAAAGAGGAUGGACAAGAUACUUUUAUUUCUCCUCAAUCAUCUAUAUUUAUUGAUUAUAAAUAUUUAAUAUGGAGAUUUACAAAUUUACCAAGAGGUAGUUUUAAAGAUAUGACAAUCUUGAAGGAAUUUAUAGAAUUUACCAAAGACUACUAUAGAAUGGAGAAAAAAGAGGAUUGGUAUAGAUUAUCGUGGACUCAAAUUCGAGACAUUGGAGGAUUUUCACUGGUUAAAAAGAAUGGAGGUAUUUGUAAAUCCUUGCAAUUGGUGUACCCCGAUAUUGAAUGGGAGGUGGGUCAGUUUACAACACCUGGCAAAAAGUCAUCACAAAGAUUAUUGAGAAUCUUUUUAGAGAGACUAUUCCCAGAGGAUAGUGUACACGAAGACUAUCGCAAUCUCUCACAACUACGAUACCAAGAGAGUACAGGUGCAGGAUUUCAAUUAGACUUUUUCAUCCCACGUUUACAAUUGGCAUUUGAAUAUCAAGGCAAACAACAUUUUCAAGAUACUAGUUUAUUUGGAGACUAUAAAAUCUAUCAUGACCGUGAUGUUGAAAAACGACUCGAAUGCAAAAAACAUGGAAUUCAUAUUAUAGAUGUUCCCUAUUGGUGGGAUAAUCAUUUGGAUUCUCUUGUAGGUACUAUUCAACAAUACGAUGCCUCUAUACUACCAUUACAAUUUUCCAAACAAAUGUAUCAACCCAUACCAAAAACCUAUCAAAAAAUUCAAACAAAUAAAAAGAUUCAUACUUUAUUUAUUGAUUAA